ACAACCUCAACCUUGAGUCUGCCAGAGCAAAGCAAGUAGCACGUCUACUAGCUCUUGCAACAGAUGAUCAGCAUUCUAGAGUCUCGCUCAAUGCCUUUAACCCAAGUGUCUUGCCCUUGUCGUUCACGGAACUAGCUCAUCAGCCUCGAGCCGGCAUCGCAGCAAGCACAGCCAACAACGAUCCCAUGGAUUCAUCUGACAACCUCUUUAUCUCUCUUGAUACACUGCGCUGUGCCUAACGCAUUCAAGAGGACGAUCUAGACCAAUUUGAACGGCUUGCACACGAUACACGCAUGAUCAAGGCAACAGCACGACCACGACGCGUGUCAAAGGAUGGUUCCAAGCGUACUGAGAUCCAGACUGUUGACUCUAUUCGCAAAGCAGUGUGUCUGUGGCCAUCAAGCGCGGCAAGCAACACGCAGUGGAGUGCUAUCGUCAGCGCUGCUUGCCAUGACAGGGAUGCAUACAACUUUCUCAAGGACCAGCGAGGCAAUCGCGUCAGCUGGAAACAACGCGACCAUGCCGAGCUGAAGAAGGCAGUCCUUCAUCUUGAACAGGACUUUACGUCGCUUGCCAGGGCACAAGCGAACUCGAUCUCCGUGGCUAUCUUUCGCUUGGUGCCAAGAAGCUGCAAGUCGCCGUACGUGCUGACGUCCAACAAUCUACGCAACGGUUCCCUACUGACAACAGCAAACAAGACAAAACGCCUGGCAGAGACAGAGACUGAGCAGCAGGGGACGUCGAUAAGAACGACAUACAGACACGACAAGCACGACGCAACACACAAAACACCGCGCCACACCAUGAGAAAGACGACGACAGCGAUACGGGAACCGCACAACCACGUCGUACAGCACACUAAUUCUUUCGCUGGUCUUAAUGCCUCCUGACUACUACAGGGCAAACGCGACCGGCCAAUGACGUCGAAAGCUCAGCUGCUUCAGGCUGCAGCGAAGGACAGGAAUGACCGCGCCGCCACUGCCAGCGAGGUGGAGCAAGCACGGUAGCGUAGCAAGCGUGCAAGACACCUGGCACAACAGUUAUAGGGAGUACAUAGUAAGCUUUCCUUGCUCUAGAGCU